AUGAAGACGUCAGUAGCAUCUGCUCUGGUCAGCGCUUUCUUAACGACUGGCGCUAUUGCCAAGAUCCCCUCCGCAAUCAACGACGAUGGGCCCUAUGGCAUUCCCGCAGCCAGUUCUCUGAGUGCGCCUCCCAUCAUGCCAGAACACUCACACCACCCGGGAGGAGGCCCUGGAGGUCCCGGUCCUCACGGCGGCGAAGAUGGCCAUGGACAUCCGGAACACGGCGGACAGUGGGGUCACGGCCCAUGGGCUUCCUCGAGCCUCCCGCCAUCCGCCGUGCCCUCCGCAGCCCCGACAGGACCGCCGGGGCCGCACCACUUCCCGCUGUCGAUCCUGCCUCGCCGCCACGGGGGCCCGGCAACUUUCAUCACCGUCACGAGCAGCAGCGCCGCCGCCAGCGCAUCCGCCGCCCCGUCCCAUCACCCCAACCCACGCCAGCCGUGCCAGAACGACGACGACUGCCGGUGCGCAACGGACAUGGUGAGGCGAGAGCCGAAAUGUGUCAAAAAUGAGCAGGGCGUGAAGUAA